UUGCUAGCCUUUUGUUACCGGUUCUUCUCUAGAUCAGCGAUUUUACAGAGACUUCUGGCCGAAUCUGCUCGCUUGAAAGAAGCCUAUCCAGGUGGAAAUGCUGAGCAUAUCGCCCAGCAGCAGGUUGAACUGGCUGAAAGCUGGCAGGAUCUACUGAAUGCCAUUGAAGACAGACGUGAUGAGCUGCGUGCAGCCAGGGAUAUGCAUCGUUUUAACGCUGAUGUUCGUGAUCUACUUGCAUGGGCUGACAUCACAAUUGCUGAUAUGCAAACUGAAAUGCAGGUUAAUGGCUUGCAACAAGCUGAGGCUUUGCAAAAAGAACAUUCGCGACUUCGUGGCGAGAUCGCUGCCAGGGCACCUGAAUUCGAGAAAGUCGCGCGUUCAGGAGAUGCAAUGAUCCAGCGUGGACAUUUCGAUAAAGUGAAUAUCGCCAAGAAAGUGCACCAGGUCACAACGGCUCUAGAACGACUACAAUCAGAAUGGGAUCUUCGCGAAAGUUAUCUAGUACAGUUGGUCCAAUGGCAUGCUCUUCAACAAGAAGCCAACCAGAUUCUUACCCUUAUUGCAAGCAAGAGAGCUACCUUGCGCCAGCUAGCCGUUGGAGGUAGCGUCGCCGAUGUUGAAGGUCAGCAAAAACGUCUGGACACGUUUGCUAAGGCGCUUUCGACUUUGGAUGAGCGAACAAAGGCCUUGGACCGAACUGCAAAUGAACUUAUUGCCAACAAUCAUAUGGAAAAGAACAACAUCGAAAUGUCGAAAAAGAAGGUGCACGACGCACUUUCUCUACUUCACAAUGACGUGGAACAGCGUCAUCUUCUAUUGAAUGAUGCAUUUAUGGUGGCUACAUUCGAUCGUGACGUAGCUGACACUGAAGCUUGGAUUGAUGACAAACUCAAAAAGUAG